CCGGCAGAGAGCAAAGAGGAGGCACAUGCAAGGUGUUGUUGUUUUGCCCUGAGAGGAGCCAAUGACUUUGUGUUGACAGCACAAGUGUGGAGAAUACAGCAGGUAGGUUAUUCACAUCAGCAUUCACACCUAUCAUCUGUGGCUAUCUGUCAUCUUGUUUACCCUUUGUAGAGCGUCUUUGUGUUCGAAAUGAGAUGUUUACAUGCUGGUGUGAGUCCACUAUAUGAGGGCUGCUUCCUGUCCUGACACUGCAGAAUACUCUGAAAUCAAGGCAUGCUGUUUCAGGGUUGCUAAGAGAGACAUAUGUUUGAUAGUUUUUUGUUAUGGACUGGAUGUAUUCAGAAAGAAAUUAAGUUUGACAGCAAAUAUGCACCAAAGGUACAGUAAGAUUUGACCAUUUUGACCAUGUUUGUGGUCUAUGUUGGUGUAAAACAGCCUAACAUUAAAGUGGCUACAAUUCACAGGUCUUUCCAGCAAUCUUUCCGCCCUGCUUCAGGAAGGAAAGGAGGACGCGGGACCUCUGGAAAGAUGUUCUUUGUUGCUGGGGCCAAAAGUGGUGGAGGAUCAGGUGGAGGGGGCGAAAGGAGGUAACACAGUCCUACCACGUUUGUUUAAAUCAAAAAAGGGUGCGUUUUAUUUCCUUUUUAGAGAUAUUUUUACUGAGAUUUGCUUUAAUUUAAAAAGAAAUUCUUUAGUAGAUGAAAACUCUAAUAUUUUAUGACACUGGGCACUUUGGCACAUGAAAAUCUUAUGUGUGAACGAGUGACCGCACUGUCAGAUGUAAAAAAUGACACAGACAACAGCUACACUCAACAAGCCUGUUUUGUGUCUCAUUUUUUCUGCAAGUCUUUUGUAUCUUUCUGUGAAAGUUUUGUGUCCUCUGAGAUGAUAUUUCUGAGUCCCUUGGGACUAACUGUGCAGUUAUUUUCCACUUGUUUACUGUUUUUUUGUUCAUUUUUUCACUCGUGUGCCUGUGUUGUCUUUUGGCAACUCUCUGAUGUCACAUUUUGGAAUCUUUUUUUGGCUUUGCUUUGUCUGUGUUGAAGCUUUAUGUCAUAACACAUUUUAUUGUAGCUGUCUUGUCUCAUUAUGUGGUCUUUUAUCUACUUUUUUGUCUAUUUCAGAGAACUUUGAAGUUGUCUUUUUGCAUUUUUUAUAGUUUAAUAUUGUUUCCAAAAUCUUUCUUUUAUCUGUUUUUUGUCCUUGAGCCUAUUUUGUAUCUACACGGUUGUUCAGUGUUGCUGUGUUUCAUACUAUAAUGAUUAAUCUUGCUCUUUUUUUUCUCUUUGUCGCUUUUUCUCUUGCAGUUGUAUUGUCUGAGAUUGUUUCGAGUUGUCCCGGCUCUUUUUGUUGAUCUUUUUCAGUCAUUUUGGUGUUAAAAGUUUUUUGUUUUUUUGUGUCUAUGUACUUUGUUUUGCAGUGAAACUUUCUUUGGGGGGACUGUUCAGCAUUUCUUGUGGCCACUUUGUGGUAAAAAACAGCUGACUUUAGGUGGCUAGAUUUGGCUCAGUGGUUAAAUCACAUGCCCUAUGUAGAGACCCAGGUUCAUAUCCAACCUGUACCACGCUACCUCAUGUCACCCUCUGCUUUCUCUCGCAGGCUUUCUACUACAUCCACUAUCCUUUCCUCUGAAUAAAAGCAUUGAAUAGUAAAUAAUCUAAAAAUUGACAUCAAAUGCGACUCUGCUAACAUGGUCCUUUCUGAUCCAGGUCAAUCUACCAAAAAUUCCGUGAGGUGGAUUUAUUGGACAAGAAAAAGACAGUGACAGCUCUGAAGCCAGGAGAGGAUCGAGCCAUCCUCCUGGGCCUGGGGAUGAUCCUCUCUUCAGUCAUGAUGUACUUUGUCCUGGGAAUCACAAUACUACGCUCCUAUGCUGACAGGUACACACCUAUGUUAGAUUUUUUUCCUCUUCCUAGAAAGUAAACAGAUAUUUCUGUUGGGAACAUGUUUUAUUCAUCAAGAUUCGCUGUUGAAUAGCCGUUUCAGAGCCCUCUCAAUGUGAAAAUUGCAAAAUAGAAAAACAUUAUGAAAUUACACCCCAGCCGAGAUGAUUUCACACAGUCAGAUCCCUGAAAUGUUUUCCUCUUUUUUCUGCAUUAAAUUGGAUCUUCAUUUUCAUGUCAACACAGUGUGUGGACAGAAGAGGGUGUGUGUGUUGUACUUAACUCCACGGUCACGACGGAUAUGAACUGUUCCUACAACUGUGGCUCAGACUGCUGGAGGGUCUCCAAAUACCCGUGUCUGCAGGUUUUUGUGAGCGUCAACAACACGGGCCGCAUCAGCCGUUUAUCUCACAAUGAGGAGACACAGGACAUAAGCUCUGAGGUGAAUACCAGAGAGAAAACACAAGAUUACUGAACUGUUACAAAUGCUGUCAGGCCAUCAGAUGUUAGCUCGAUUAUAGAUUUGAUCUGCAAACAAAGCAAAGAAUGCUGGUGAAUAACACUUUGAAUAUUUCCUGAUCAAGAUGAGAGAAAAAGAUGAAGUGUUAAGUCACAUUAAAAGAAAUGCAUCGGCAACAACAAGUGUGAUUGCUAAAGCAUGGAAAUAACCGUAAACCUGAUGAUAAAAUAUGACCAUUAUACAUAUCAAAGUGCUUACAUUUUUUAAAUUUUGCUGCAUACUUUAUGUUUAGAUUUAUGUACCUUGCCAUGAUAAAAAAAAAAUAAUACCACUACCAUGUGGUUUAUCAAUUAAAGAGAACACUGUUCUGAAAGGGAAGGAGGGGAAUUUGCAAAGCUUUAAGUAUGUUAUAUAAUUUUUUUUUCUUUUUAGUGGUUGUGAAGAAGAUUUUUAAAAAUAGAAAGCACAAGUCAUUACCUAUACAAUAUUUGCUGGUGACGUAUUAUGUUGUUGUUCUGUAUUUAUUCCUUUUUUUCCUUUGAUUGCCCAUAGCAUGACCUUGGUGACCUUUGACCCUGUCUUUCUAGUGUUUUUAUGUGCCGCGGUGUCAGAAGGACAGCGCUGCCAUGCACGUCAUUGUCAUGAACAUCUCUGAGCGUCUGAAAGUCAACCAGCAGGUCCCCUGUUUCUACGACCCCAGUGAGCAGCAGGAGACGGUCCUCCUCACGCGCCUGUACGACCACAGUGUCGUCUUCCACUCGCUGCUGUGGCCCUCCUGCAUGCUGAUUGGAGGGGCCCUCAUCAUCGUCAUGGUGAAGCUCACUCAGUACCUGUCCAGGCUGUGUGAGGAGAUUGGAAAGAUCAAGAGGUGA